UCAGUAGCUAGAGGGCAAGAGCUGCCCCCAGCACGCGAGGAGGGGCGCCCAAGGUGAGACGAACGACGUCAGCAAGGAGCGCACGCAUUUGCCGCUGAACCGCAGGGGGCCCCUUUAAGUGAUUCCGUUUUCUUAAUUGUAUUCUCCUCCCGCCUUGCCCUGACGUCAUCGCAGCUCCGAGGAAGGAGACGAGAGAGAACCCCGUUCCCAUCACCAGGCUGGGAGGCCGGAGCCACGGUCGCUUGGCUGCUCCUGAUCCUCCCCUUCACCCCCCCACGUCUCUCUUGGACUCCUCCUCUUCACGCCUGUCCGGACCUUUUUUGCCUGCCGUUCACGUUUCCUGUCGGGCCCUUCCGGUUGCGCACCACUUCGGCUGAACCACUUCUCUUCGAACCUCCGGAGGGCUGGCAGGGUUAGGCCGGGUGCGGAAGGAAAGAUGCUGCCGGCUCUGAGGCUCCGCCUCUUCUCAUCCCCCCUCAGUUCCUUCCCACUUAAACUCUUCCUGGCAAUCACUUCCAGACCAUUCCGGUGCGUCCGCGCCUGCGCAGAGACCUAGAAGCACCCCGGGAAUAUCGGAGCCUACCCGGCUGGUAGGAUCGGACCUGGAGGGCUCGGGGUGACCAUGGGCCGGAAGCGGGCGCCGGGCAGCGGCGGGGGCGGGGGAGGCCUGGGCCGGUCCCUCAUCAAGGAGCGGACCUGCAAAACCCGGAGCCAGCGGCGGCGAGACACGUGGCUGCACACGAGGGACAUGGACGAUGAGCUCUGGGCCCGCGCAGCCCCCCGCUCCGUGACAGAGCCCACGGCCCUCGAGGACUUCCUGGCCACUGCCCAGCUGGCUGGCACCGAGUUUGUGGCGGAGAAGCUCAACGUUCACUUCGUGCCCCCUGAGGCCAGGACUGGCCUCUUGUCCCUGGAGGAGAAACAGAGGCUGAGAGAGCGCCAAGAGGAACAUCGGGGGGCCCUUCAGGUGCCUAGGAGGCCCCGGUGGGACCAGAGCACCAGUGCCGAGAAGCUGCAGCAGAUGGAGAGAGAGAAGUUCCUGGAGUGGAGGCGGGGGCUGGUGCGGCUGGAGGAGGAGCAGAGCCUGAUCCUGACCCCCUUUGAGCGGAACCUGGACUUCUGGCGCCAACUCUGGAGGGUCAUCGAGCGGAGCGAUGUCGUCGUUCAGAUCGUGGACGCCCGCAACCCCCUGCUCUUCCGCUGCGAGGACUUGGAGCGAUACGUGAAAGAGAUCGACCGAGACAAGGAAAACGUGAUUCUGAUCAACAAGGCGGACCUGCUGACGGCGGGCCAGAGGGCGGCCUGGGCCACCUUCUUCGAGCGGGAGGAGGUCCGCGUGAUCUUCUGGUCCGCCCUGGCCGAGGGCGACCGGCUCCGCGCCGGAUCCGAGGACCGAGGCCCUGAGAGCGAGGAGGAGGAGGAGGAGGAGGAGGAGGAGGAGGAAGGAGAUGGCCAGAGCAGGGCCGCUGCGGCUGGUCAGCGGCCGGAGGGUCAGGACACGGACGAGGAUGACUGCAACUGGCUGAGCGAGGAGGGAGACAGCGAAUAUGAGGACUGUCUGGAGGAGGAGGACGACUGGCAGACGUGCUCUGAGGAGGAGGAUGGUGGCGGCCACGAGGAAGAGUUCCUGAGCCCAAGCGGGCCAGGAAAGGAGGCCGGGGAUGGCCCAGUGCACAACGACAGCCACCUGGUGGGAAGGCAGGAGCUGCUGGACCUCUUCAGAGCGAUGCAUUCUGGGAAGAAGGUCAAGGCGGGGCAGCUCACUGUGGGGCUGGUGGGUUACCCCAACGUGGGAAAGAGCUCGACGAUCAACGCCAUCUUCGGGAACAAGAAGGUGUCCGUGUCGGCCACCCCUGGGCACACCAAGCACUUCCAGACCCUCUACGUGGAGCCCGACCUGUGCCUGUGCGACUGUCCGGGGCUGGUCAUGCCCUCCUUCGUCUCCACCAAGGCCGACAUGGUCUGCUCCGGGAUCCUCCCCAUCGACCAGAUGAGGGACCACGUGCCGCCCGUCUCGCUCGUCUGCCAGAACAUCCCCCGACACGUUCUGGAGGCCACGUACGGGAUUCACCUGAUCCGGCCCCGAGAGGACGAGGACCCCGACCGGCAGCCCACCUCAGAGGAGCUGCUGACCGCCUACGGAAGCAUGAGGGGGUUUAUGACCGCCCACGGCCAGCCUGACCAGCCCCGGGCCGCCCGCUACAUCCUGAAGGACUACGUCAAGGGGAAGCUGCUCUUCUGCCACCCCCCUCCGGGCAUCGAACCCGGGAACUUCCAGGAGCAGCACGAGUGCCCGAGGCAGAGCCGGGGGAGGCCGCAGGCCGUGGCCGAAGCACGGCGGCCGGAGCGGGGCCACCCCAAGGCCCGGCAGAUUGAGAACGUGGUGGACCGAGCAUUUUUUCACCAGGAGAACGUGAGGGCGCUGACCAGGGGCGUGCAGGCCGUGAUGGGCCACAGGCCCGGCGGGGCCCCGGGACCCUCUGCCAGCCCCCACGGGGGCUCCGGGAAGCCCUGGAAGAAGCACGGCAACAGGAACAAGAAGGAGAAGGUGCGCCGGCUCACCGGACACUUGGACGCGUGAAUCUGCGGUUGGAAGAACAAGUGACCAGACAGGGGGCCGCUGGCGGCUGUCCCCCCCCCCCCCCACGAGCCAGAGGACUGUUGGGACGGAGCCUGCAGGGCCCCUGUGUGCCCAGUCCCUGGGGCCGAGGAUGGAGGACCUGCCAGAGACAGCAUUGGAACUCGGGUCCAAGCCCACGACUGUCCAGUGCUUCACCUCCCCCUGGUGUGAUGGCUGGCCGGGCCCUGGACCAGGGUCCCCCCUCUCUCGCACGUGGUUCUGGGCAGGCCCGGGAGUCUCAAGGGGAGUCCACAGGAGGGGGGCCACUGGACCAGGCCUGAGUUUGGGCCAGUGUCUUCAUCCAGGAGUUCUCCGCCCAGAUGGCCCUUCCUUAGCCUCCUGCCCCCGAGCCGGGGCUCAUCCAGGACCGCCCUGGCUGUCCCUGGGCAUCCUGCCCACCCACCUCGCCCCUGACUGCCCUUCCCUGGGCCUGGGGGCAGGAGCUGCCCGUCUGUGCUGGACCUUGGUGCCUUGGCCGUUUCGGAGCCCCAUUUAAUAAAUUCUGAAUUAGCCAGCCAGGGGCUGGAGCC